AUGGUCAAGAUCAACCCCUUCGAGGUCGAGCAGUGGAUGGACCGUUACGAGACAACGCCAGGAGUGCUCAAUGUCGCCGAGACCUGCGCUGCGUCCGUGUCAAUUGAUGACCUUGUAGCCCUGUGCAAAGACGAGAAUGCACCAGGCCCUCUGGCUCUGUCAACAAAGUUGACCUACGGCGCCAUACGCGGCUCGCAGGCUCUCCGCCAGAAUGUCGCCUCUCUUUUUGACAGGCCAUCUCUAACCCCUUUGUCGGCCGAGGGUGUCGUUAUUACGCAGGGGGCCAUCGUCGCCAACUUCUUGCUCUUCUACACUCUAGUCGGCCCCGGGGACCACGUCAUCUGUGUCUAUCCCACGUACCAGCAACUGUACGCCGUCCCAGAAAGCCUUGGGGCCGAGGUGUCGUUGUGGGCGUUGAAGGAAGAAAACGGCUAUAUCCCGGACAUUGGAGAUCUCGAAAAGUUGGUGAAGACCAACACCAAGAUGAUCGUAAUCAACAAUCCGAACAACCCCCUGGGCCAAGUCAUACCGACGUUGGUGCUUAAAGCGCUCGUUGCGUUUGCCGAACCGCGAGGCAUCAUCAUCCUCUCGGACGAGGUGUAUAGUCCCCUCUACCAUUCACUCCCGGAAGGGCAAGAAGCGCCGCCGUCGAUCCUUGCGCUAGGAUACGAGAAAGCGGUCGUGACGGGGUCCAUGUCCAAGGCGUUUGCUCUGGCCGGGAUACGGAUCGGGUGGAUAGCCUCGCGGGACGCCGGCAUCAUCGAAGCCGUGCUGGCCGCCCGAGAUUACACUACCAUCAGCGUCUCGCAGCUCGACGACCAGAUUGCCACCUAUGCCCUCUCCAACCUGGUGCUGCCGGCGCUCCUGAAGAGGAACACGGCUCUCGCGCAGACGAACCUGGCGUCGCUGAGCGCCCUGGUAGAACGGCACGGCUCGGUAUGUUCUUGGGUGAAGCCGACUGCGGGCACAACGGCUCUCAUUCAGUUCAGAAAGAAGGGCGUGCCUGUGGAUGACUCUGAAUUUGUCCUGGACUUGUUGGAGAAGACCAAGGUCCUGGUAAUGCCGGGCAGCGUUUGUUUUGGUCUCGGAAAAGACUUUAAGGGAUUCAUCCGGCUGGGGUACGUUUGCGAGACCGGGGUUCUGAACCAGGCGCUCGAACAGCUGGAAUUGUAUAUCAACGACCGCUUGGUCUGA